UGUGUUGAUGGUGUUGAUGCAGUCUGAGCUAUGAGUCUGAGCAGCACAUCAGUCCGUCGGCACCCCCUAGUGGACUGAGGAGGUACUGCACCCAAAGGAGGAAUUACGUCUCGAUGUGUCAGAGGGAGUCAGGGCGAGUCUUGACUGCAGACAUCGUCGAGUGUGGAAGCAGGAUGCGCAUCAACAUGAACAGAAACCUUCACAUUUCUCAUAACGUUUCCUCAUUGACAAAGGUGUGAGUGCAGCUCAAUUCAACACACAAGGACAAACGUUACCCUCAGAGAACCAGAAGACAAAAGAGUUUGAGUCUGAUCUACGCUGCACCUCUCAGCCCUUCUACUGUAAAGUCCACCCUCAGCCCUGACGUGAACCAAGCCAUGUCCGGGAAGGAGCGCAGCCCCCGCCAUCGGCCAUGGUCGGUCUACCGGGCCAACACCUUUGAUCUCUCGUCUGAGAUGAUGGGGCUGGCUCUCUCAGGCAACAGUCAGGAUCCAGACGAGCCAGUGCUGGAGUUCAGCGUGGCCUGUAGUGAGCUGGUUACUCCCUCUCUGGACCGUAAACCAACCAGCUUUGUUGCCGUCAGCUGCACCACUCCGCCUCAGGCCUUCUGGACCAAGCACGCUCAAACGGAGAUCAUAGAGGGCACCAGUAACCCCAUAUUCCUGAGCAGUGUUGCCUUCUUCCAGGACUCCAUGAUCACUCAGCAGACUCAGGUCAAGCUUUCUGUCUACGAUGUGAAAGACCGCUCACAGGGCACGAUGUACAUGCUCGGCUCGUCCAUGUUUACUGUGAAAGAGCUGCUGCAGGACAAACACCACAGGCUGCACCUGACUCUCAGGUCGUCGGAGAGUGAGCGCGUUGGGAACAUCACUGUCAUUGCCUGGCAGAUAGAGGAGAAGAGAGAGCAGAGGGCUCCUGUGGCCAGAUUACAGAGAGGAGACACUGUGAAUGGAAGGAUGGUUCUCCCUGUUGAUGCAAGCCUGACUGAAUCCAUGGGCAUUAAAUCCAAGUCCUCAUCUCUGUGUAAAGACCCUCUGCUGAAGGCUGUGUUCGGGGGCGUUAUGUCGAGAACGUAUCGCUUCCCCACCACAGACGGAAACCACCUCCGGAUUCUGGAGCAGAUGGCAGAGAGCGCACUCUCCCUACACAUUCCUCGACAGUUUGUGAAGCUGUUGCUGGAGGAAGAUGCCGUCAGGGUGUGUGAGCUGGAAGAGCUAGGUGAGCUGUCUGCGUGUUGGGAGAACCUCAGGAGGCAGAUCAUCACUCAGUACCAGACCAUCAUUCUUACCUACCAGGAGACCAUAAGUGACCUGCACGAAUACAAAGGUCCAUCCUUUAAGUCUAGUACCUUAAAAGCUGAGAGGAAGUUGGAGUUUAUUCCUACAAACCUGCACAUCCAGAGGAUGAGAGUACAGGGAGAGACCGGCUAUGACCGGACAUACGAUGUUGUGACUAUUGGUGCUCCUGCAGCACAUCAUCAAGGCUUUAAAGGCUGCGGUCUCCGAAAAAUGCUGAACAAGCUGGAGGAAGCUCGGAAACACACUCAUGGGGAGGACAGCUCACAAAGCUCUGGCGGCUCUGGCCUCAAAGGAAUGGCAUACCAGCCUCAGGAUGUUGUGAAAGCAAAGGAGUUGAUCGCUCAGAUAAACACUCUGAAGACACAAGUGUGUUACUACACUGAACGUCUGUCUCGAGCUGCAAAGGAGCGCUCGGCCAACGCUCUGGAGAGAACGCUGGCCAUCCUGACAGAGAAGACUCGUCAGUUGGUAACCGUGUGUGACUCAAAGUUGCUCUCCACAGCCAUCCUCGCGCUGGCAGCUGCCCGCCCAGAAAUCACCCUGCAAAGCACCCCGUCCCCAUCCUCCUCCUCCCUCUCACCCUCCUCUCGUUCCCCAUCGCGCUCCCCCUCCCGCAACCCCACCUCCCCGUCUCGCGCUGCCACCUCGCCGUCCCGUCGUAUUUCUCCCACGGACGUCAGCGAUGGGAGUAAAAACAAGCGCGCCUCUUUGCAGGCAGAUCAGCAGGAGGAGGAGUGGGAGAAAGUUUGGCUAAAUGUGGAUAAGAGCCUGGAGUGUGUGAUUCAGAGGGUGGACAGUCUGCUGCAGAGAGACAAACUACAGAGUGACAGCAGCUCAGAGGACGUCUUCGAGCUUGCCACAGAGGAGCCGAGCACUGUUAAGAAGGACAGAAGCCCAGAGGUAGAAAAGGCGUCCCCAGUUGAGUGGAGUGAAGCCCUGCACCCCCUCCUCACCACGCUGACAGACUGUGCCACUCUGAUGAGCGACAAAGCAAAAAAGUCCAUGGUGUUUCUGCUGAUGCAAGACUGCGCUCCCACCAUCGCCAUGAGCCUCACCCUGCAGUACCGCCGUGAUGUCGUCUUCUGUCAGACACUGACGGCGUUGAUCUGUGGCUUCGUCAUCAAGCUGAGGAACUCUCUGUGUGACUCGGGCUUCCUCAGGCAGCUGCACACCAUCGGACUGCUGGUGCAGUAUGAGAGCCUGCUCAGUACUUAUGGAGAGGAGCUGGCCAUGCUGGAGGACAUGAGUGUCGGAGUCACUGACCUCAGAAACGUCACCUUCAAAGUCACCCAGGCGACCUCGGCUUUCGCCCCGGAUAUGCUGCCGGUGAUCACAGGAAACAGGAACGGCUUUAAUGUCAGGGUCCCGAUGCCGGGAGUGAUGUUCGACACGCUCCCCCGAGAGAUCCAGAACGGGAUGCUGCUGCGGGUGCAGCCGGUUCUCUUUAAUGUGGGGAUCAACGAGCAGCAGACACUAGCUGAGAAGUUUGGAGACACUUCCCUACAAGAUGUGAUCAACAUGGAGAACAUCACCCGUCUCAGCUCCUACUACGACCAAUUCAAAGAAGUCCUGCCAGAAGACUGCCUGCCUCGCUCCCGCAGCACCACCAGUCUGCCUGAUCUACUCAAACUGCUGAGCCAGAAUGUGAACGCCAAGAAGAGCAAGAACGUGGAGAUUCUUUGGCAAGCAGCCGAGACAUGUCGUCGCUUGAACGGAGUGCGCUUCACCAGCUGUAAGAGCGCAAAGGACCGCACGGCCAUGUCUCUGACUCUGGAGCAGUGUCAGAUACUGCAGCAGGAGCACGCCCUCGCACCCCAGGUCUUCUACCAGGCCUUGGACUGUAUGCGCAGUGAGGGCUGCAGGAGAGAGAACACCAUGAAGAAUGUGGGAUGUCGUAAAUACGCCUUUAACGCUCUCCAGCUCAAAGCCUUCCCCAAACAGUACCGCCCUCCAGAGGGGACGUACGGGAAAGUUGAGACCUAAAUGGACUACUCCACCAAAAAAAGACUGAAGGGGAUAAUGAUGACAGCACCACACAAACAAAAAUACCAACACAAACUGGAAUAAAACAUCCCUUUGUUUUGUGCUUAGUCACUGUUAAGAUGUCCAAGUGCCAGUGCUACUGUAGAUCGUUUUAUAGCAGUACCCCCCCCUCCACCUCAUCUAGUACUCACAUCACUUCACAACCACUCCACAGCCAAUAACUGUAAAAAGUGUCUCUCUGUGUUGCAUUAUAGCCACUGUGCAGACCUCACUGUCGGCUGUGCCAGUUGUAGCACGAGGAAGCAGACCGAGUAAUUUUUAAGUUGCGUCCCUUUGAAUAAGACGUGUAAUCCCAGCCUUUAGGAGGACACACGGGGACACGUCUGCACUUGUUCUAAUUUCUUUUUCUUUAUUAGAUCAGUUUGUCUAUGAAAGGAUAAGGCUGUACAGAGCCUGUGUUUUCCUUAUUAUGAAGAAAUCCCAUAAAUAGAUCAAAACAUGCAAUGAAGUGAUCCUUGCCAAGAGUGUGUAGACAAAACCUCACAGCUUAUUUCUUGUAUCUUCAAGUAUUGUCCAAAACACCGGAAUGAGCUGCAGACAUGACGGUAAACAAAGGCAGCUUCUUUUUGUUAAGUCAAGUCCACAUCACACACUGCUUAUGCUUAAUAACUUACUGGAACACAAAAUAUUCCAACCUUUGUUGAAAAGAAUCCCACACAAAUCAACUCACACUUUUUAAAGAUCAAAAUGUUCGGCUGUUUUAAGCAGUGUAUGGCUUGUUGGGUGCUGAGAGCCACAGACAAUAAAUGAUGUGGGAGGAUUUCUUGACAGUAAAAAAACAAAAAAAAAACACUGAACACUGCCAGCCUUAGGCAACACUAGAACAAUGUUUAUCAAGGAUUUACUGGUCUAGUGUAGCUUUGACGACUGGAUCCUUUCCUUUGCCUGUUGAGAGAUUCCUCUGGACCUAAACUGCUCCGCUGAAUGACAGCUGUCAAACUCGAAGCACUUCUUCUGUUUCAUUUUAGUGCUUUAAGCCUGUCGUUUGUUUCCCUUCCACUGUCUCAUUCCUCUUCAAUCGCAUUUAUAGUCAGUAUCACACAGUAUCACUCCUGACAACAAGCACAGACAUCGAAAGAGUACAUAUCUGACUCUACUCUCUGAGUGUGAUGUCUCAUCUUAAGGGAUCUUUGAGGUUACCCUGAUGCUGUUCUGGAAGCAUUGAUGUGGGACUGGAUCACAAAUCUUGGGCUUCAGAAGUGGUGCAUCCCAUUAUUCUAUAAUACUUACAUAUUUGCAGAUACUCAACACUGUUCUCCAGGUUAUAUGCAGCACUAAAACGGUAUAUAGCCCUUUAAAUUAUGGGUUUUAUUUACUGACAGUGUAUGUUUCCAGCGCCACAGCACUCUUGAGAUGCAAUUGGAUUAGAACUUCAUUAAUUUAAUCUGCAUGAUGCUUGAAAUACACUACAGCUUUUUACUAUUGCAACUGUAUACUGUUGAGGAAACCCACGUCAAGAGAAAUAAUGCAUAUUGCGUUAUUCUACCAAGCAUCAACAACACUUCUUCUGUUGUAAGUCUACCAGCACUGAGCUCCAGUGUACCUUACUGUACAGAACUUACAGAGACAGUGGACUUUAUUUUGAAAAUGUUAUUUUGCUUACAGGUAUUUAUGUUGAGAUGGCUGCCGUUGCCAAAUGCUGUUAGAGUUUUAUCCAUUGUUAUCGAGUAAGUGAUGGCCUAGUUAUGAUCAGUUGUACAUGCACAAAUGUUAGACAGGGCAGUGUGGGAGGCGCCUGGACUCUGACAGAGGUAUGAUGUGAACCCAGGUGAAUAAAGGUUUGUCAAUGCCAAAACAA